GUGAUGUCAUACUGGUUGUGGUGCGUUGAUAACGACAGCAAGAAACAAAAAAACACAGCAAGAAAAAAACACAGCGAGGUUGCCUUCUCAAAAAUGAGUUUCAGUCGGAGGACAACUCUGCCCGCCAUAAAUGCGGACAUCAGGGACAGUUUCCACUUCACACUUGCCCUCGGACAAGACGAACUUGAAGAUGUCUCGAAAACGGACGAAGAUUGGUACGAGGUGUUCGGCCCUCAAAGAGAGCAGAUGGAAGCCCUACAAAACUACCAGAAAAAGAUCCGACAAAAAGAUGGGAACCGCUUCAAACAUCUUGUGCAAAGGAUGAUCGUGUCAAGUCGUUGGAUCAAGGAGGCGGCAUAUCACUCCCAGGAGCUGACAAGGAGGAACAUCUUAAGUAGGAAAAUGUCUCAAGACAACCUGGACUUUAACUUGAACGACUUCAGAGCUCCAAGAUCCAACAAGGCGUUUGCGGGAGUCUCUGCCAAAGAGUGCGAUCUGCUGAAAAAGCACCCAUGGCUCCGAACGCCAGCGGAUGUAGACAUCCUUGCUAAAGUCGUGCAACGGAUCAAGAUAUUUGAAAGACACUCUCCCGCCAUGAAACGUGCGAUCGCGAGGUUCAUGCAGUACGAGUCGUUUGGUAACGGUCGCGUCAUCAUCGAGCAAGGCACGCCGGGAAUCUCCCUGUACAUCAUGGUGUCGGGUACAGUGCAGGUGGUCCUGACGGAAACGGACCCGAGAGGUAAGACGACUUCGCGGGUUGUCGGUAUGUUGAGGCGGGGCCAGUGUUUCGGGGAGCUGGCGCUCAUGCACGACACCAAGCGGAACUCCAGCAUUAUUGUAAAGGGAAAGGCAGAGUUGGUCCGACUGGACAAAGAUGACUUCGAACUGGCGAGGAAGAUGACGAGAAAGCAUGAGCUGGCCGAGCGGCUGCAGGCCUUACUGAAACACGACGCCUUUAAAGACUGGAGCGAACACGAGCUCCACCUAGCGAUGACACGAUGCAGCGUAGAAGAAUACCCUCCCAAUUCGGUAAUCUUUGGAGGCGUAGGAGGGCUGAUCGAAGAAGUGUUCUUUGUGGUCUCGGGAGAGUGCCGCAUCGUUCGCCGCAUGGCCUUUCUGGAGAGAACGCACCCGGACGGGACCAAGGCCCUCGCCAUGGCCCCGAAGAAAAACAGCGGCUACCAACUGAAGCCUUACGAGAAAAUUGUGUCACGGUAUCUACAAGUGAGGAUGCUGAAGGAAGGGGAACUGUUUGGACUAGGCCAACAACUGAAGAGUAUUUUCUAUCUGUCCGGUUCCGUGACUAGUGUGAAAAUCCUGCGGGUUGACCGCGCCCUCCUGUACCGACACGAUAAUGGCCUCACCCUCGGGCGGCUGGAGUUCAGGACCCAAGGGAUGAUUCCGUCCAAGGUGGAGACCUUCACGACUUUCAUGCAGUCACGUCUGUGGGAGAAGUUUAAAGAAAAAGUGCUGAGAGAAGUCCUGGAGAGAAAACGCAUAAACAAGACCCGAAAAAUGUCGUAACUGAUUUAGAAAAGGCGUUUGACAGAAAAAUCACGUUUAUAUAUUGUCUAAAUGGUGACGGAAUGGCGUAUGUACUGACAUCUAUACAUGUAUUCUAGAAACACGCACUCGUUGUUAAAGUGAGUAUUGCGGAGAUAUUGAUCUAUUCUGCAAAUAAAGAAUAUGUGUGUCCGGAAAAUGUGUUGUCGUUGGGA